GAACGGUGGUGUAGAGUGAAUUUUGAUUAAUUUAGGUGCAGGACACUUGGCGCUUGAACCAUGAGUGAAAAGCAAGACCCACAAAAUGGCGAUCACCAGAACGGCCGCAAUGAUGAUGAUGAGAUUCGCGAGCCGGAACAUCUACGCAAGCUGUUUAUCGGUGGGCUCGACUACCGCACCACGGACGAUACGCUAAAGGCAUACUUCGAAAAGUGGGGCAAAGUGGUGGAUGUGGUCGUAAUGAAAGAUCCGAAAACGAAGCGUAGCCGCGGGUUUGGUUUCAUCACGUACUCCAAGUCGUACAUGAUUGACGACGCCCAGGCGAGCCGUCCGCACAAGAUUGAUGGGCGUGUGGUGGAGCCGAAACGUGCCGUUCCACGCCAGGACAUCAAUCGGCCGGAGGCUGGUUCGUCGGUGAAGAAACUGUUCGUUGGCGGUCUUCGCGAUGACUUUGACGAGGAUCAUCUGCGGGAGUACUUCUCCAAGUACGGUAACGUCAUUUCUGCCUGCAUUGUGACGGAUAAGGAUAAUGGCAAGAAGCGAGGCUUUGGUUUUGUUGAGUUUGACGAUUACGAUCCGGUGGAUAAGAUUAUCUUACAAAAAAGUCACACAAUUCAGAAUAAGCUGCUGGAUGUAAAGAAAGCCCUGCCAAAGCAAGACAUGGACCGCUACAAGAACGACAUGGGUCGCACUGGUGGUGGUGGCGGCGGCGGUGGCGGUGGCGGUGCCUGGGGCAACCAGCGCGGCAGUGGCGGUGGAGGUGGCGGUGGUGGCUGGAACAGCCAGCGUGGUAGCGGCGGUGGCGGCUGGGGUAACCAGCGCGGUGGUGCCGCCAAUGAUUGGAACAGCGGUGGAUUUAAUAAUGGUGGUGGUUUUAACAACGGAGGGUUCAACAACGGUGGCAACAGUUGGAACAAUGGCGGCGGCAACCCGUGGGACAAUGGGUGCGGUUCACAGGGUCAGGGCGGUUGGGGCAAUAAUGGUGGCAAUUGGGGCGGCAACAGCGGCGGUGGUGGUGGUGGAUGGGGCGGAAAUGAGUUCGGUAAUAACUAUCAACAAGGAUACAAUGCCGGACCGGUACGUGCCGGUGGCAAUUUCAAUCAGCGGGCGGCACCCUACGGUACCGACGGUAGCUACUAUGGCGCGUACUAGUCAAUAGCUAACCGUUCAACUUGCGUUUCCAGGCAACCAAGGGGCUGGUGGCAGCGGAAGAUACGGCAGUAGUAGCCGUAGGUACUGAUCUUGAUCUUGAAAAAUCAGUAGAUGAUCACAGAUUCUUCUCCCGGGUUAAGAUUAGCUAAGUAAGAAUGCAAUUCUUUU